AUGGAGAUCAUUAGACAUGGUGAAGAUAAAGCGUAUGAGGCAGCAUGGUCUGGGUGUGUAGAAUCCUUAAACGCAUUGAUCGAAAAAGACCCACAUAUUCUUAGAAACCUUGCACCAGUACUGACCUCCAAAACUCUAACACCCUUACAUAUAUCGGCUUCGUUAGGCCACCUUGAAAUUACCAAAACCUAUCUCACAUAUAUUCCAGAACUUGCAGAAGCGUUGAACUCCGUUAGAAGCACACCUUUGCACUUGGCUUCUUCUGAGGGGCACAAGGAGAUCGUCCAGGCUUUGCUCCUUGUAUAUCCUGGCGCGUGUUUGUGUUUUGAUGAGAAGGGAAGAAUCCCUCUUCACUAUGCUGCCAUGAGAGGAGAUGUUGAGGUCCUCAAGAAGUUGACACAUGCAAAUCAUGAUUCCAUUUACGUUAGGGUUGAUAAUAGAUCAACUGUUUUGCACUUGUGUGUUAAAUAUAACCAGUUAGAGUGCUUGAAAUUUCUGGUUCAACUGGUGAGAGACAAUGGUGAGUUCCUCAACUCAAAAGAUGGCUCUGAUGCUGGUAUGACCAUCCUGCAGUUAGCUUGGAUGCGAGGGCAAGUUCAGAUUAUGUUUAUGAGCAGCGUGGCAUUGCAAAUCAACUCGGUGAGAAUCAACCUUCACUUUGUUUGUGUCGACUAUGAUAAACGAACUUUGCUGAGAUACUGGUGCAUGCUCACACAAGUCAGCACUGAUCAGGCUGAAAAUGCUCCAGAGAGUUUGAAUCAUGAAGCCUUCCUUGAAUCAGAGGAUUGGCGACCUUAA